AUGCCAGCCUCCAUUGCUGUGCGCCCGGAUGGCGUGGGCGUGAUCACCCUGGACAGCCCCCCGGUGAAUUCCCUGGGCACGGAGUUGGUGACAUCCUUCAAGCAGGAGUUCCCGAAGCUAGUGGCGGACGCGAAGGUGAAGGCCAUCGUGGUCACGGGCAAGGGCGCCAUGUUCUGCGGGGGCGCGGAGAUCACGGAGUUCGCGGUGAUGGUGGCCAUGGGAGCCGAGAAGAUGAAGGAGAACAACCCGGUGGCGGCUCUCAGCGAGAUGAUGGACCUCAUCGACGCCUCGCCCAAGACCACCGUGGCAGCGCUCAAUGGCCCAGCCCUGGGCGGGGGCUGUGAGGUGAGUUUGGCCUGCCACUACCGGGUGGCUGCGAAGAACUCCUCCGUGGGCUUUCCUGAGGUGAACCUGGGCCUGCUGCCUGGGGCGCAAGGCACUCAGCGCUUGCCCCGAGUGGCGCCGUUGCCUACGGCCAUGCAGAUGAUCCUGCAGGGCAAACCUUUGAAGGCAGACGCGGCUAAGAAGAACGGGAUCAUUGACCUGGUGGCUGCCAAGGACGUGCUGGAAGAGGCGGCGGAGUUUGCUCUGUCGCAUCCACCCAACCCCAUCUCCAAGCGAGAGGUGCCGAAGACCAACAGGUUUAUGGUGGCGGCGGGGGCCUUGGAGUCGGGGCUGAACACCGCAGUGAAGGCGGCGCCGCUGAUGAUCGCUCCGAGGUCCAUCAUCAAGUGCUUCGAGGCUGCCUGCUCCAAGAAGAGCUUUCGGGAAGGCCUCCAGGUGGAGAUGGAGGAGUUCACCAAAUUGGUCUUCUCCGUGGAGUCGGCGGCCCUGCGGCACUUGUUUCUCUCUGAGCGCCUCGCGCAGAAGGUGCCAGGCAUUGAUGAGAAGCCGGCGCCACUGAAGAAGAUUGGUAUCCUGGGCGCUGGGCUCAUGGGCGGCGGCAUCGCCAUGUGCUUCGUGCAGAAGGGCGUGCCCGUGGUGCUCAAGGACGCCCAGCAGGACUGGCUGGAUGCUGGCAUGAAGAAGAUCGAGUCAUUGUGGGCCGGGCAGUUGAAGAAAGGCAGGCUGACUAAGGACAAGUACCAGCAGUACAUGAGUCUGCUGAAGCCCACGCUGGACUACGGGGACUUCCGAGAUGUGGACAUGGUCAUCGAGGCCGUGCCCGAGAUCAUGGACUUGAAGAAGCAGGUCUUCUUAGACAUCGAGAAGAACACGAAGCCGGACGCGCUGAUUUGCACCAACACCAGCGGCCUGAACAUCGACGACAUUUCAGCGGUUUUGAAGGAUCCCAGCCGUGUGAUGGGCACUCACUUCUUCUCGCCGGCCAAUGUCAUGCAGCUCUUGGAGAACGUGCGCACCUCCAAAUCCUCCACUCGGACUCUGUCCACCGGCAUGGCGAUGGGAAAGCUCAUCAACAAGAAGUGCAUCAUGGUGGGCAACUGCGACGGCUUCGUGGGGAACCGCAUGCUGGCGCCUUACGCCGGGGAGGCCAAGAUGUUGCUGGAGGAGGGCGCCACGGUGGAGCAGGUGGACCAGGCGGCGGUUCACUUCGGCAUGGCCAUGGGCCCCAUGGCCCUCGGAGACCUCGUGGGCCAGGAGAUCUUCUGGAAGCAGCGCAAGGCGGCCAACGACAUGAACAAGCAGACCAAGACCUACUACGGGCCCUACGAGCUCACCGAUUGGCUCUGCGAGCAGGGCCGCUUCGGGUUGAAGACUCCGGACCCCAAGAUCAAGGCGAACGGCCGGGGCAUCUUCAUCCACCGUGGCCGGGACCGCAGCGUGGACCCCGAGGUGGUGGCGAAGCUCGACGAGGUGCGGAAGAUGAAGGGCAUGGUGCCGCGCCAGGUCUCCAAUGAGGAGAUCGUGGAAAGGCUCUUCUACCCAUUGAUCAACGAGGGCUUCAAGAUUUUGGAGGAGGGCUAUGUCGCCCGGAGCUCCGACAUCGACAUUGCCUACAUCUACGGCUACGGGUUCCCCCCCUCCAAGGGUGGGCCAAUGUUCUUCGCGGAGAACUACACGGGCUUUAAGAAGAUCCUCGAGAAGCUGAAGGUCUUCGAUGCCCAAGCCAAGGAGAGAUACACGAAGAACUCCAAGUAUCUGCCGGUGCACUACUUCGAGCCCUCCAAGCUGCUGGAGGCUUGCGCCGCCAAGGAGGGGACCAAGGUCUUCCCCGGGCAGACCUUGAUCGAUGUGGUGCUCAAGGACUUCAGAAAGAGCGGCGCCGCCGGCCCUGGCCCCUUCUCCAAGCUCUGA